CGGGAUUGGCAGAAUCUCUAAACCACUGUCAGGACAAUCCCGUUAUUUUUUGUAAUUACCCCUCUCCCUAACUCUAGUGUGUUUUGUUCAAUGCUCCCUUGUUAUUUCAUCUCGUAUACAUAAACUUUUCUCCCGCGAACCCAUUCCACGUAGCCCGGUGGACUAGCUCUCGCUUCCCCCCCAUUUCCUCCGCGCCUCGUCCUAACAAUGGAAUCCAUUCGCCCUCAACGCCUUCAGCCCGGGAUCGGAUUCGGAGCGGGCUCGACCGGGACGCUCCGCUCUUCCCUCCGGCCUGGGGUCACCGUCCCCACCGCUCCUCCGCAGCCUCCCCCGGCUUGCCUGUCCGCCUCGUCCGGGCCGCCCCCUCCUCCACCGCCGCUGCAGCUGCACAGCCUCGGGGUCGGCGUUAUGGGGAACGCCGGGAUGGGGGCUGCGGGGAUGGCGGGGCUCGGGUUGUGCAACCCGGGGAAUCCCACUGUGUUGAGGGAGGCGGUGGAGGCUGUGGUGCGAAGCUUUGCGAAGCACACCCAGGGAUACGGAAGAGUGAACGUGGUGGAGGCCCUGCAGGAGUUCUGGCAGAUGAAGCAGUCCCGGGGGGCCGACCUGCGGAACGGGGCGCUGGUGGUGUACGAGAUGGUGCCCUCCAACAACCCCCCCUAUGUGUGCUACGUGAGCCUCCCAGGGGGCAGCUGUUUCGGGAGCUUCCAGUUCUGUCCCACGAAGGCAGAGGCGCGGCGGAGUGCGGCCAAGAUCGCCCUGAUGAACUCCGUCUUCAAUGAGCACCCUUCUCGCCGCAUCACCGACGACUUCAUCGAGAAGAGCGUGUCCGAGGCGCUGGCCUCCUUCAAUGGGAACAGAGAGGAAGCAGACAACCCUAGCACGGGAAUCGGGGCUUUCCGCUUCAUGCUGGAGUCCAACAAGGGCAAAUCCAUGCUGGAAUUCCAGGAGCUGAUGACAGUGUUCCAGCUGCUGCACUGGAACGGCAGCCUGAAGGCCAUGAGGGAGCGGCAGUGCUCGCGCCAGGAAGUGCUGGCGCACUACUCCCACCGGGCGCUGGAUGAUGACAUGCGCACCCAGAUGGCGGCCGAUUGGGUGAACCGGGAGCAGAGCGUGGCCAGCACCAUCUCGCGGGAGCUGGCGGCGACCGAGCGGGAGCUGGAGGAGGCGCGGCUGGCGGGGCGGGAGCUCCGCUUCCACAAGGAGAAGAAGGACAUCCUGAUGCUAGCGGUGGGGCAGCUGGGAAACGCCAACGCCGCCACGCUGCCCUCUAGCUGCUAG